AUGUCGAUGUUCAACUACUUUGGACUCGGGGCUACAGAAGCUUCCCCGGCCGCCGCCGAGGAAGCCCCAUCUCGUCUUCUUCCCGCCUCGUGGUACUCCUCGAAAGAAAUAUAUGAGCUUGAGCGACGUGCAAUCUUCAGUCGCAAAUGGCUCCUUACCACCCACAAGUUACGGUUCCCAAAGACUGGCGACUGGCUCAAGUUUAACAUCGCUGGAUAUGCCUUCAUCUUGGUGAAGGACCGCGAUGGAGAUGUGAAUGCCUUCCACAACAUUUGCCGACACCGAGCAUUCCCAGUCGUCACCGAAGACGGCGGCUCUUCUCGCAUCUUCUCCUGUCAAUACCACGGGUGGUCAUACGGUCUCAACGGCAAACUGGCAAAGGCCCCUCACUAUCAAGAACUGGAAGGCUUUGACAAGAGCAAAAAUGGCCUAUUACCGAUUCAUGUUCACGUGGACACCAACGGCUUUGUCUGGCUCAACUUGGAUGCCGAUGAUAAGGCCCAAAUCUCGUGGGAAAAUGAUUUCAAUGGAGUUGAUUUACAGCCACGUUUCAAGGGCUUCAAUUUUGAAGACUACGACUUCGAUUCCGGCUGGGAGUCUACCGGAGAAUAUGAUUGGAAGGUUCUAGCAGACAAUUAUAACGAAAACCAUCAGCAUCACACGUCCAACGCUGGGCCCUUCGCCUUCGAGACCCAGGGCUCUUCACCCGAGAAGAUUGCCAAGGCUCUCCGGAAUGCCAGCAAUUACUAUUUCCCCAAUGUCUACAUGACAGUCUCACCCUACGCCUUUUUCAUGCAACGAUUGGUUCCUACCGGGCCGACCACGAGCGCGGUGCGCUAUGAGGUGUACCGGAACAAAGACUCCAGCGAUGAAGACUUUGAGAUCGUCAAUCAGGCUUACAAGCUGAUUGCAUCUGAAGACGAGGCCCUCUACACCGAGACUCAAAAAGUCCUUGGCACCCGAGUCUCUGCAGAUGGAGAACUCCAGCCUCGGAAUGCGGAUAGUCCUCGUUAUUUCCAAACCAUCAUCCGCGACCUUAUUGAGGAACACCAGGCAAUUGAAGAGCAGUCACAAGGGGAAGUGUGGCCUGCACAGCAGCGGCUUCCCAAGGAGGCCUCAAUUAGCAAAGAAGACAUGGACUUCUGUUCCAAGUUGACCCCGGAGGGCGGCGGUUGCUGCGGAGGCAAAGCAUGUGGCGCUGGCCCUGCACCUGGACCAGCAACCGCUCCUGAGAUAAUGGUCUCCUGA